GUAGUUGAACUUGACAUGUACGACCAGAGCCGUAUAUGCAGAACAUCUGGCGUGAGAGCGUGCGACAAUAACUUACACUGGGAGUUGAGCGGCGGCGAGACUCUCACAGAAGAUGGUGAGAGUCACAUGAUAUCUGCUGCAACCACAGCAGCGAAUGAGGGAUGCCAGGAAGUACAAACAGCUGGAAAGGAAUUGUCUAGUGAAAGUGUGUCAUUCAAGGUUACUUACAAGCGGACAAAUUACGACGUAACGUUUAGUUUCGAGAAAACAGUUGGAGAAUUGAAAGAUUACCUUGGCAAACUUACAGGUGUUCCUGUAGUCAUGAUGAAACUGAUGUACAAAGGAGCUGUGAAAGAUGACAGCAAGACGUUGAGGGACAUUAGAGUGAUGAAUGGUGCAAAAAUGAUGAUUGUUGGGUCAACUGUAACUGAUGUGAUGACACUAGCGGCCCCAUUGCCUGCUUCUGACAAGCAAAAGGAAGAGGAAUCUGGUCCAACAAAAGAACCUUUCUCUAAACAGAGGCCUCACUGUCUGAUUAUUGACAAGGGAAAGCCAGAUGAUGCUCUACCAGCAAGAAUAGGCAAGAAGGAAGCACUUCCCAAGGUUCCUGUAUCAGGCAUGUUAAACAAGUUAGGAGGAAAAGUUAGGCUUACAUUCAAGCUUGAUGUCGAUCAGCUGUGGAUAGGCACAAGAGAAAGAACUCAAAAGGUACAAAUGAGUUCCAUUCAUUCUGUUAUAUCAGAGCCAAUUGUAGGUCAUGAGGAAUACCACAUCAUGGCACUUCAAUUAGGACCAACAGAACAGUCAAGAUUCUGGAUCUACUGGGUACCAGCUCAAUACAUUGAUGCUAUAAAAGAUACUAUUUUAGGAAAGUGGCAGUACUUCUAAGCAUCAGAACACAAAAGAGCACACUAUCUGGUUUUCUAUUUGUCUGCAGAAAAGUUUGUUUUUUUGAUGGAAAGAACUGUAGUUGCCUUCUAAAUCUGUUAAUUGUUGUUACCUCAUAACAGACUAUCCUGAAAUCUUCA